AUGGCCGGCACGCGCGGGGCUCUGGCCCCGCCCCACCCCUGGAGCUCCGCCCCUCGCCCCGCCCCGCCGCGCGGCCCCCUGGGAACAACCAGCGCCAUCUGCGCCUCCGUUUUCCAAGGCUCAGCUGUCUGUGUCUACACGAUGGCUGGCAUCCGCCGGGCUUUCCUGGGCCCCUUCGCCCACAAGGAGGGUCCCAACUACCAGUGGGUGUCGUACCAGGGCCGCGUGCCCUACCCCCGCCCGGGCAUGCCAGUGCUGCCUCCCCGCAGUGCCCCCAGCAAAACCUUUGGCACCUUUGGGUCCACCAAGGAACUUCCAGACGAGGUGAUCCAGUUUGCCCGGCACCACCCACUGAUGUACAACCCAGUGCUGCCCCACAGGCAGCGGCCCCUCUUCCUGCAAGCCACUGUGCCCUACACCUUCACCCGCAUCGCUGUGGACCGUGUCACUGCUGCUGAUGGCCACUACGAUGUCCUCUUCAUCAGCACAGGCAUGUGGUGACCCCAGAGUUGGGGCGGGUGGUGCGGACGGAGCAGGGUCUCCUGCUGCGCAGCGUGCAG